AUGGACGGCUCUAAGCAUCCUCCCACCGGCUACGUGUUCCGUCAUCGUCACGGCGCUUAUCGAACAACACCCUGGCGCCCAAAUGGACACGCCGCUGCCGACUUGAGCAACAAUGCCGUCAACAAUGCCACCGAUGAGACCACCACCCACAGCUCCCAGCAAACGCUACCGGGAACAAAUCGAACAACUCCCCGAGAAUAUUCUGAGAUGACACGAUUCUCCAAGCUGUUGGUGAUGUACAGCAAUGACUUGGACACGUGGUCCAGAGCUUCCUCCUCGCCACGAAACCAUGGACGAGCCAGAGAAAUCAGACAACACAGAGUGACCGACAAGGCCUGGAAACGCUUCGUUCUGACCUUGGUGCAAGGGGCACUGCCCGGAAAGCUGAUCAGCAUUCUCCAAGGCCAUUUCCCCGCAGCACGGGACAGCAACCAGUCAACUGCCGGGCACACCAGCCAACAAGUCAUAGACAAUCCGACGACAUCGGAUGGUGUUCACCUUCUACCAUCAGAUCUCUUUUCAGAAAUCAUGUCUCCGGAAUCUUCAAGUCGACCUGUGCAGCAGAGCACCACAAUAAGGCCUGCACUGCUCCCUCGCCAAAUCGCGACAGAUUCACCCGACAAUGUGCACUUUAUUCAGAGUGCGCAGAUCGACCGCGAAACCACGCUCUUCGCCCCCCAUGUGCUUGAGCUGGUGGUUGAGCUGGCUCAAUACAGGAUAGUUUGGGAUGCUACAACUUUUCAGAGAAACUUUGGACGCGACCACGAGAUAUUCGAGAGUGAGGCGUCCUCAACAACUAUGAGGCUCUCUUUCUCGAAGGACGUUCCCCGACUGUGGCAUUUCAAGGCGGCCUUGGCCGACAGAGUCCAUUACAUUAGCAGAUUUAGCCGGUGGUACGCUGAAGCGAAAGAAGGAUUCCCGGCUGCAAAUCGCCCGUUCAUCGACUGGCCACACUUCUCCAGCGCUGACCUGACUUUGGAUGCAUACCUUUUCCGCACAGGGAUUCUGGAUGAACAAUAUGCGCGAAGCAAUCGCCCUUUUCGAUACCGGGAUGACAUCCUUUGCCAAAUGUAUGGUCUGGGUCUCCACGAGCUGGCCUGUAUAUUGGACGAACCGAACGAAGGCGAGAAAGUGGAGUAUAUACAGACGCUCGAGACCUUCCACACAUUGACUUGUGUCCUUGGACCGACACCUGUAGAGGAUAUUGCGGAACAGACCACGUGGGUGUCCUUUGCAGUCAGAAAUCAUGCCCUUGCUCUUAAGGGGAUUUCCAAGGCCGGUAACGUAUUUCAGACGCGCAAGGCUAAGCAACGCGAGUUCACCAUCACGAAGCUCCUUGUGGACGCUGUCGUCAAUAAUAUUGAGUCCGUUGCAAAAGCCACAGGCAGACAUCCUUGCCGUAGCAUUCAGCAGCAGUGGCGCUGCACCGACGGCUCCAUCAAGGAAGGCGACUGGGACAGACUGCCCAACGCGGACAAAUACAGACUUCUUGGAUACAAUUCCGGCUUGAUCAUGCGCUUUAUCGGUCAUGGACCACAGCCAACAUGGUUGCAGCAGCAGAAACAGCUCCAGGCUACAUCUGGUAGGCUUGCGUACAACAUGGACGUUCCCACGCCUGAUAUCAACUCUCGCCAUUCACAGAUUGCCCUGCGGCCACAAUGGGCGGAAGCUGGGGCGAGAAGCCCCCAUUCUGUCGCCCCUACAGACCAGAAAUCCCAAGUCUACCACGAACGUUCUGGCCGACCAUCCUCUAUCGGUGGCAUGGGAAGCCAGUGGUCUGUGAAUCCAAACAACCAAACUUGGCAGACAGCAGCGGCACCCCCGGCAACUCAGUAUCAGCAGCAAAGUGCCCAAAGACCUACGACGUACUCAAUCCCGCCAUUUGAACCACGUCAGUCUCAGCAGACACAGGAUUCCGAGCGUGUCGGGUACUCCCAUCUCAAGGCUUUGGCCCUACGUCUGCAAUCCAAUCGGCGCGUUACAACAAGUCAAGCAUCGAAUAUCCAGAGACACGCGAGUGGCACGGUAGCUCAUCGUCGAUCAACGAUUCCUCCAAGCGCUGGGUCUGUUGGUCCAGGACACGGUGUCGCAAGCAUGGGCGGCACUUUCGAUUCCGUCGGCGACCAUGCCAGGCAUGAGACCAGCACCAAAAGCCGCAGCAGUACCGAAUACAAUACCACACAUAGUGGCGAUGCCAGCACCAACGCUAGCACCUGGACCACCCAAGCUGCUCUCCCUUUUGAUCAUCCUCGAAUCCGCGCCAUAUGGGGGGUUGGCAACGGUGACAACAACAGCCAAACCCCUUCUAGGACCAACAUCUGGGCUCCGACCGCCGAGGAGAUCGCGAUGCUCUCGCAGCGCCAGACGAACGGCAUGACUGCUAGAGUGGGCCUGGGAUCAAUACUAGCUGCUUAUCCCAUUGGCGAGGAGGAAAAUUAG